AUGGUGUUUGCAUUACAAUUAUACUCAUAUAAAAGAGUUCCAGUAUGUGAAACUCUGCCACCACGUGGUAUCGGUCUGAUUCGUUUACCAUUCGGAACAUCUGAUCAUCGUUCAGGACCAUAUUUACCAAAUCUCUAUAUGGCAGGGAAUAAACUCUAUCACAGGACGCAGACGAUUCCGGAUGUAUCCUUACCCGGUCAGGAGAAGGACUUCUCCGGACACGCACAGCUCAAUCCAUUCACGCAUAUGGCUGGCGUGGCUGCAGAUUUAGAUUUUGGGGACUCUUGGGGUGCUGGUUACGGUAUCCAAGGAGUGAACUUUCUCGGAUUGAAUUUACGCAAGAACUACCGACAGUACGCCGAGAUGCCAGAACUGUACACCGACGGAAUGCAUCAACCGUUUCAGAAUUCGUUCAUUGUUGGCGCCGAAUUCGAUUUUUCGAAAUAUGUAAGUCAUGCUGUAGCCUUAGACGUACCACUUCCUGGAUUGAAUGAGAUGUUUGAUUUCCAAGAGGAGAUGCUAACGAAACGCGAUGAGGAACUCACAGAUAUUCAUCAUACGCGAUUCUCACUACCUAUACCGAGCACGAAUCAACGACUACCCUUUAAGGCUCAUCUAUUCGAACGAUUCAACGAUAUUAACGUGAAUUUCGCACAUGUUCUUCCGAAUGUAAACCUUCACAACGUCGACACUGACGACGUCGUUGACGAAAUAGUGACGAAUCAUGCUAAUCCUACACUUGUUGGAUGA